CUCAGUGUCUAAUCAUUUACAUGGUAAAACAAGGGGUAUAAAAAUUUUGAACUUUUUUUUUAAUUUUGAAAUUUUGAACUCCAAAAACUUUUGGAUGUCUACAAUGAGCUGAUCUUUGAAUAUAUUGUCAUUUUUACCCGUUGAGAUGGACGUUUGGUCUCCUAAACUGCACCUCGCUGCGUGGACAGUGAUGCACCUCCUCUGUGUGUUUUCUCAUGAGGUGACGGUGCGCCACUCUGACCUGAAGCCGUGUAAGGAGGACAACCGAGUGUGUGUCACUGACGACAGAGACUGUGGCCCUCGACCGCCGGCAUCUAUACAGAACACCCUGAACAUGUCCUGUGGCUACCAGCAUACACACAGAUCCAUGACAUGUGAGUGGAGUCAGGAGUCAAACAGCCACACUAAGUCUCACGUCUCUCUCAUCUUCAGCAGAGAAUACAGAGUCUUGUCCUGUCCAGCGAUCUUUGCCCCAUUGUCUGUCCUCAGCGUUACAGCCAGGAUCAAAAACUACAUGACAGGAACGGAGAUCUGGUCCCAACCUCAAACUGUCUCUCUCCAUCAGGCAGUCAAGCCCUCUCAGCCUGUAUUAACUGUCCUUGGCUUCACUGAGGACUCUGUGGUUGUGUCUUGGAGAAGCAGCGGUGACGGCGGCUGUCGGCUUCGCUACAGAGUCGACAGCACUGACACAUGGACCCAGGCUCUAGAUUUUGUCCCUGCCCAGGAAGAUCAGACAUUGACCUACACGAUCCAAGACCUCCUGAUGUCUACCAUCUACAGGGCUGCUGUGGCCUGCAGAUCGAAGUCAGGCAUCUGGAGUGACUGGAGCUCUGACGUCAGUGCGAGGACGCUAGGCAGGGUGCCCUCCAGGCCUCCAGAGGUGUGUUACAGAGUGGAGAAAAAUGACUCUAGUGGAUCUUUUCUCCUUCAUCUCAUAUGGAAGGACCUUCACCUCCGUGAUGCUGGAAGUCAUAUCCUUGGAUACCAGGUGAGCUACGAACCGGUGAAGAGGCAGCCGCUGCAGGACAGGUUCAUUCAGAACGUCACAGAGGUGAUGGCGGUCCUGGUGGUGGAGGAGGGGGACUACAGCGUCACAGUUACAGCCUUCAACAUGGCCGGCUAUGGACCUGCUGCACAUCUCCGCAUUGACACACAAAGACAGCACACCCCCCUGUCAGUCAGAAACUUGUGGGUUUCCAGUUUCUUCCCAGCUGUGAAAGGCGUUCUGGUGCAGUGGGAGAACCCCCCAGUCUCGUCCUCUGUCCCAUCUGUCAGUCAGCUUGGUGUUCAGUGGCACUCUGAGACUUAUCCAUCCACCAGCCACUGGAACACAGUGGACAACUUCACCACCUCCACUGUCAUACAAGAUGUUGACCCUGAUGAGUCGUACCUGAUCAGUGUGUUCCCCAUCUACAACCAGCAGUGUGGAUCUCCUCGGUCACUGCGUGCCAGUCUGCAGCAGGGAGCUCUGAUGGAGGCGGUCCAAUUGAAGGUGAUGGGCGUGACCAAAACCACUGUGACAGUGAUGUGGGUGUGGCAAAGAACAUCUGGACCAAUGAGGGUGAACAGAUACGAGGUGACGCUGAGGAAAGACUCGGAGAAACAAACUCUGUCUCUGUGGCCAGACCAAUGUCAGCACACCUUCCUCAACCUGACACCCAACACUGAGUAUACUCUUUGCUUAUUGGCCGAUGAUGUUUCCAGGAACCUCAUCUUAGUGAGAACAGCCUUUGAUGAGGUCCCAGCGGUGGCUGCAGUGACUCCUCUGCUGCUGUUGGCUGUUACUGUGUUCAUCAUCUCCAUCCUGUCCAGGACUCUGUACAAGUCGUACUUCUUCCCGCCCAUCUCCAGCCCGCGGGGCAGUACGACAGGCAAGUGGCUGAUGGACCCAAACCACCAGCAGAAAACUGCAGGGAGGAACAUCCUGGACAUCAAGGACUUCCAGGUGACAGAUGUACUCGGAGAGAAGAGUCUCAUCACGGUCAGUUUGACGUCCCAGCCCUCCUCAGAAGAGGACCUACAUGAAGAUACCUCUCUGCUGUCCAUCAGCCACCUCAUCAUCAAACUGUCAGCCCUGGAGCUGGACCCAGAGUAUAUUUCUGAUGCUCCAGUGGUCACACAGCACCCACUGGUUUCUCUCCAGCCCUAUCAUUCUGACUACCCAGUGAACUUCCAUCAUCCCAACAACCAAGAGGCAAACACUGCCCUGCUGUGUCACACACGUGAAGCCAUUGGCCACUUUCCUCAAGAAGAGGAAAAAGGCGGACAGGUGGACUUAUCUGAGCCGUCACAUCAGAUACACGCUGCUGUGAAAUGUCCUUUUCUUGACUUGAUUGCUAAAGGUCACAGUGUUUAUCACAUGACCUGUGAGGACGAUUACUUAGUGAACUCAUUUCUGGAAAAAACAGAAGUGUAAACAAUGAGUGGACAAUGUCCUCGUUUGAUCUGUCAAACUGAUUAAAACUAUUGCUUAAGCACAAAAACUGUAGAUGAAGACUGAAUCAACAACUUCAGGGCUGCAUGUGGAAAAUAAGAGUUGAAGACUGUGAAAACAUGCUCCCUGUGAUUAUAACAUCUGUCACACUGCAGAAAAACUAAACAGAGAACUGAAGCUGAGCACACACAAUUUGUACGAUUUUAGUCCAUUCCUGUCCCGAUUGGCACAACUCAUUUUAGACUUUCACUAAUAGCGUCCAGCUGUCAGAGCUUUCAAUGAAUUUGUGAUAUGUCAGAAAUGUUGGAUGAGAGAUUCCCCAAGAGCGGCUUUUUUUCUCACUGUGCCUAUGUAAAGUGGCGAACAGAGUGUCUGAAAGGUGCCAUGGCAACAUGACUUGGCAUAUGGACAGAAAAUAUGAAGGCCAGGUUGGUCGAGCCGUGUUAACAGCAUACGGAGCCAUACACAUGCAAUGUCUUUAACCGCCUGGAAAACACGAGGUCGGGUGUUAUGGCCGGUAUACACUGUGUGAUUUUGGGCUGUCCCAGACGAAAGAUGACCAUCGUGGGAGAAACGUGGCGAUAUCUUUGGUCGUGGCUCUAAAACAGUGGUCUUACGUCGCACUGUGAGACAGGUUCAAGGACGGCCGUUGACAACGUCUUGCGACCAUAGAUAACCUGAGAUAAAAUUCUGACAGUGUCAGAAAUUUAGGAUGACUUUCUUAUGGCGUGACAGCUGCUACGACCUACGUCUACUAAUGAACCAAUAGAAAUGCAGCACGAAAUGAUGCAAUGGUCACCGCGACACCGGCACUGAACCCAAACAAAUGAUCGCUUGCCAUGGAGGUAAAAUGAACAAAAAGAAGUGUGUGGAACUCCCAGAGAGAGGAAAGUUUGGUGGAGCUGUGGCAGCAGAAGCCUUGUUGAUUUGAUGUUUCCUCCAGCUGCUAUCAUGACCGCCAGAAAAAAGAAGCUGCAUGGAAGGAAAUUGUGGAGGAACUGCAACUUCCAGAUGAGCAAGCUACCUAUGGUGGCGCAGAUGGAUGACGUACGCUGAUGCGGUGCAUGGUGAUGACGUUGCAUAUUGACGUGUGUUGUAACCUGCGAUUCAGUAGUAAACGGCCAUCGUACAAUCUGCACACAUCAAACUUGACAUCGUACCAAAGUUUAUUAGAUCCGCGUCUCACAGUGUGUCAUGCAAUAGUCUUAUAAGAUUGCUAAAAUCGCACAGUGUAUAGAGGACAUUACUUUUGUGCCUUUUGUGAGCCAGCUUUCAAGAGCGUGGCGACAAGCUGCGUCUGACGUUACUAAGCAACCUUAAUUAAUACUGUAUCAUAGCCUAUUUACCUUAAAUCCUGAGUGCAGAGCUGAUCUUCUUCCAGGCGCUGUUUUUAAGUGUGUGGGUGUGUCCUCUGUGAGACAGUUGAAAAGCUCUGGCAGCCCUGCACUGACACGAUCAACUUUUCCAUAUUUACCACAGACUGAUAUUUACAGAGGACGGGAAAGAUAUCUGUCGGCUGUGAUUGGUUGUCCCUUGUAACAUGACAGGUGGUGUGCACUGCUGCAUUCCAAAAGCUGAACUUGGUUUAUCUCGGGGUACAGCAGUCCAGCCCUAAAAAACAGGCGCUCGGUAACACAUGCGUGCCACGACAGCGUUGCUCUGGCUCUCAAGCGUGCCUGCUGUGCGUCUUCAUUAGAAACAAUGAAUUUGAGGGCACACACGGCAUGUGUACGGCCCCGAUUCAAGUGUCUAUGAUGUUCCCUCCUCCUCCCAUCAUGACCAAAAGAAACAGCAGUAAUGCAUUAUUGUGAACUGCACUGGUGUAACGUUACAGACCUCCAUGCAAGCAAACUUCGAUCUGUACAGUGCUUUUAAACAAAUCUUUAUUUACAAAUGUCUCCAUUAAUCAUGAGCUUUGGCUUGAGAUCGCAGUCGAUUGACUGGUACAGUAGGAGUUGGAAUUGACCUUUCGCUAAGCCCCGCCCCUUUGUGAUGGUCCAUAAAGCUGUUGGAGCUAGCAUGGAGCCCACACUGUAACUAUUUGCACUCCCUGAUGAAAUAUUGCCAUAUCUAUGGACAAAUGAAAGAGUGAUUCCAGAGAGAAGUAGACAGAGGGGUCUACAGUCUGUGUCUGAAGGAUAUAUCCAGGAUGUCAAACUGACUCAGCAGCAACAACAGGUUAAAAAGACAAAGAGAGGUAGAAGCUAAAGCCUACAGAUCAUAGUAUAAUAGUAAACCAUCACAUCAUCUGGAUAUUGAGUUAGAAGACAAUGAAAAUAAAGGGAAACUUUGCCAAUAUUCAACCAGCUAUGUGUCAUUGUACAUAAUCCUACAAAUCAGCUGGAUAUUACUGUCUUCAUCAGAAUUGCAGUAAUCACCAUAAUUAUUUGGUAUCCUCGUCCUCGCUAAUAUUUUCUGCUUUGCUUGUGAUUAUUUUUACUCAACUGGUAUCAAAGAACUUGUUGAACUUCUGGUUCUGGUGAGAAAGCUCUCACACAAACCUCAUAGUGUCUGUUACAGAUCAUUUUUGUUUUAUAUUUGUCUGUGUAUUAAUCAAUUGUCAUAAACUUGCUAAAUAUUACAAUAUUUUCUUUUUGUAAGGAUGCUGUGCUCAUUUUUUCUCUUCUUUCUCUUGUGCAGGUCAGGGUGAAUUCAUGUCUGUUAACAUCCACUUCAUGCUGUCGGUCUAAGAUCGACUUUGUCAGCUUCAGCUGUAACUUAGCCUACAGUUAGCAUGUUAGCCUACAGUUAGCAUGUUAGCCUACAGUUAGCUCUUUAUCAGCUAAUUUCCAGUGUAACAAUUGGUGAUGUUUCUCAAAUAUUAUUCAGUACUUUAUCAGGGUCACCUUUGUGUUCCCAGGGUCCUAUGUCUCUUGAAAUAAAAUAAAAUGAAAUAGUCAGACAAUGGUAAGCACUAGCUUCACAGAUAGCAAUAGAAUGAUGCAAGAUAUGUGUUUCAAAUGUAGUUUGAAAGAUAAAAAUCUGAUCAGCCAGUGUGAAGAUAUUAAAGUCCAAAGUCAAGAAAACAAAUUUAAGGGCAUAGAUUUCAAAGAAUAUCAGUGGGCUGUGAUCUUUACGUGAAUUUUAACAUUUUGACCGGGGGGAAACACCCCACCCAAAAACAUGACAAAGAAUAUAAAACCGUUUGAAAGAUCUCCUUAAUAUGUCAUAUUGCCAGGAUACUGAGCUGGGAAACAUAGAUACGUUCCCCACUUUAUCCCAUUAAUGUUGCCACAAUAACCUGCUAAUAUAACACGGAAUGCUAGCUUAAUAGCAUGUGGCAUAAAUGCAAAAACAGACUCCAAAAAAUAAAAAACAUGCACACAGCAUGGUAACAUGCUAAUAUUUAGUGUGUAAUGUUUAGCAUGUUAUAUAUUUCCAACAGUAUCAUGUGAGACAAAAUGUUUCC